AUGGGCGACGGACCGCAGGCUCUCGACGCUGUGUUGAAGGAGGAGGUGGAUUUGGAGAAUGUUCCUAUUGAUGACGUUUUCGAGAAUCUGAGAUGCUCGAAGGAAGGUUUAACGAGCGCUGCUGCGCAGGAGAGAUUAGUCAGUUUUGGAUACAACAAGCUCGAGGAGAAGAAGGAGAACAAAUUCCUGAAAUUUCUAGGGUUUAUGUGGAAUCCUUUGUCAUGGGUCAUGGAAGUUGCUGCUGUUAUGGCUAUUGCUCUUGCUAAUGGAGGCGGGAAGCCGCCGGAUUGGCAGGAUUUCGUGGGAAUAAUAACGUUGCUUUUCAUUAACUCGACGAUAAGUUUUAUCGAAGAGAACAACGCUGGCAAUGCAGCAGCUGCUCUCAUGGCUCGUCUUGCUCCCAAAGCUAAGGUUCUAAGAGACGGACAGUGGCGCGAGGAAGAGGCGGCGAUUUUGGUACCCGGCGACAUAGUCAGUAUUAAGCUCGGAGAUAUCAUUCCAGCCGAUGCUCGUUUGCUCGAGGGUGAUCCGUUGAAAAUCGAUCAGUCGGCGUUAACGGGAGAGUCUCUUCCCGUGACGAAGGGACCCGGCGAGGGAGUGUACUCGGGAUCGACUUGCAAACAGGGUGAGCUCGAGGCGAUCGUGAUUGCCACCGGAGUCCGUACUUUCUUUGGGAAAGCUGCGCAUCUCGUCGAUUCGACUAACCAAGUUGGACACUUCCAAAAGGUUUUGACGUCGAUCGGGAACUUUUGCAUUUGCUCGAUCGCGGCGGGCAUGAUCGUCGAGCUUAUCGUGAUGUAUCCGAUUCAACACCGGACGUAUCGCAUCGGGAUCGACAACUUACUCGUUUUACUCAUCGGUGGCAUUCCGAUUGCGAUGCCUACGGUCCUUUCGGUUACGAUGGCCAUUGGUUCGCAUCGAUUGUCUCAACAGGGCGCGAUUACUAAGCGAAUGACGGCGAUCGAAGAAAUGGCGGGGAUGGACGUGCUGUGCAGCGACAAAACAGGGACGUUGACGUUGAACAAGCUUACGGUCGACGAGAAUAUUGUCAAGGUGUUCGCCGACGGUGUCGAUGCAUCAACGUUGAUUCUAAUGGCAGCCCGAGCUUCUCGAACGGAAAAUCAGGAUGCGAUCGACACUGCUAUAGUCGGGAAGCUGUCCGAUCCUAAGGAGGCGCGCGCCGGCAUUGAAGAACUACACUUCCUCCCGUUCAACCCAACCGAUAAACGGACUGCUUUAACCUACCUCGACGGUGCCGGAAAAAUGCACAGGGUCAGUAAAGGCGCGCCGGAGCAGAUUUUAAGCCUCGCCCACAAUAAGUCGACGAUCGCGAAGAGCGUGCAUGAGGUGAUCGACAAAUUUGCCGAGCGAGGUUUGAGAUCGUUGGCCGUGGCGUACCAGGAAGUUCCGGAAGGUUCGAAAGAGAGCGCUGGCGGCCCAUGGCAGUUUAUCGGUAUACUGCCGCUGUUUGAUCCUCCGCGAGUCGACAGUGCGGAGACUAUACGACGAGCGCUCAAUCUCGGCGUCAAUGUGAAGAUGAUCACCGGCGACCAGCUCGCGAUAGGGAAGGAAACGGGACGAAGGUUAGGAAUGGGAACAAACAUGUAUCCGUCGUCGGCGCUGUUGGGGCAGCUCAGAGACGAAUCGAUUACUCCUCUACCUAUCGACGAGCUCAUCGAGAAAGCUGAUGGCUUUGCCGGAGUCUUCCCUGAACAUAAGUACGAAAUCGUGAAGCGCCUGCAAGCUCGGAAACAUAUCUGCGGCAUGACGGGCGAUGGAGUCAACGACGCUCCGGCUCUGAAGAAAGCCGAUAUUGGAAUUGCCGUCGCUGAUGCGACCGAUGCAGCGCGGAGCGCUUCCGAUAUUGUUCUUACGGAACCCGGCCUUAGCGUCAUAAUUAGCGCCGUUUUGACGAGCCGCGCGAUCUUCCAACGGAUGAAAAACUACACGAUUUACGCUGUUUCCAUAACCAUUCGUAUUGUGCUCGGUUUCUUGUUGUUAGCCCUGAUAUGGAGAUUCGACUUCCCGCCUUUCAUGGUGCUUAUCAUCGCAAUUCUCAAUGAUGGUACUAUUAUGACUAUAUCGAAAGAUAGAGUCAAACCAUCUCCAUUGCCGGACAGUUGGAAACUUUCCGAGAUAUUCGCCACCGGAAUUGUUCUCGGAAGUUACUUAGCGAUGAUGACCGUUAUAUUCUUUUGGAUUUCAUACAGAACUGACUUCUUCCCGCACAUAUUCGGAGUGCCGACUCUUCAAAACUCCACCGUAGACAACUACAAGAAACUCAUUUCCGCCGUAUAUCUCCAAGUAAGCACGAUCAGCCAGGCUUUAAUAUUCGUAACUAGGUCUCGAAGCUGGUCCUACGCGGAGCGCCCAGGACUAUUCCUCAUUUCAGCAUUCGCCAUUGCUCAAUUGAUUGCGACGCUGAUUGCAGUAUACGCAAAUUGGAGCUUUGCAUCGAUCAAAGGAAUCGGAUGGGGUUGGGCUGGUGUCAUUUGGCUUUAUAACAUUCUUUGCUAUAUUCCACUCGACAUCGUCAAGUUCUUCAUCCGAUAUGCACUCACCGGACGAGCUUGGGAUCUUGUAACUGAGAAUAGGACUGCUUUCACACGGAAGAAGGAUUUUGGAAGAGAGGAACGUGAGCUCGAAUGGGCUUGCAAUCAAAGAUCACUUCACGGCUUACAAGUAUCCCGGACCGAAGAAACUAACAAUGCGACUGAACUAAAUCAGAUCGCUGAGGAAGCCCGCCGGAGAGCUGAAAUUGCGAGGUUACGGGAAUUGCAUACUCUAAAAGGCCAUGUCGAGUCGGUGGUGAAGAUGAGGGGACUCGACAUCGAAAUGAUCCAACAAUCCUACACCGUGUAGGAAUAUCGGC